AUGUAUUCUCCGCUUGAGUUGAUACUCACCAUCAUAGCAUUGCUCAACUUGUGCACCGCAUUUGUCAUUUACUGCGUGGAUAAGAAGGAAGGAGUCUCAAUCAACUCGGGCAAACAUUUCCAAAGCUUCAAGAUAUGCAUUACCAUGUCGAUUAUGUUUGGCACUGCUUCGAUGUGUUUGAUGUCGAAAAACAGUUUUCAGUUCGAUUUAUGA